AUGUUAAAUAAAGUGAUUGCAAUCAUCAUUGUAUUAAUACAAUUACAGUUAAAUAACAACAAAAAUAACAACAUUUCGACGGCUGAGGCACUCAUCAUAAGCUCCGAUCAAACGGAAAACCUAUCCGUACGUCAAGUCAACACUAAAUACGGCUCAUUGCGCGGCAAAUAUGUCACAUUCACGCCGUUACGCCAAUCGGACUUUCCUCACAUCCGACUGCACACUAUUGAAGCCUAUUUGGGCGUACCGUACGCCACGCCGCCGAUCGGUUCGCUACGGUUUAUGCCGCCCGUGACGCCCACCCAUUGGCGGGGCACACGACUGGCCAAUCGGUUGUCGCCGGUAUGUCCGCAACGGAUACCCUAUUACGAGCUAAUUAUGCGAAACUCGUCGGAAGCGCUCAAAAGGAUGCCUUUACAGCGCUUUGAAUACAUGAAGAAUUUGAUCCGUUUAUUACAAAAUCAAUCUGAAGACUGUCUGUAUCUUAAUAUUUAUACACCGACAUCUGGCUCACAAACAAACAAAGUGCCGGUCAUUGUGUUCAUUCACGGCGAGUCCUACGACUGGAACUCUGGCAAUGUAUACGACGGAAGCAUUUUAGCCAGUUUUGGACGGGUAGUAGUCGUCACAUUGAACUACCGUUUGGGAGUAUUAGGUUUUUUGCCGGCACUGGUUGACGGUGUAGUCCGAGGAAACUAUGGGCUUAUGGAUCAGGUGGCGGCCCUCCAUUGGAUCCAAGAAAAUAUAGGCGAGUUUGGCGGCCAACCCCACAACGUAACGGUCAUCGGGUACGGCUAUGGAGCAGCCUGUGCUCAUCUACUAAUGAUAUCACCCAUGGCUAAGGGUUUAUUUCAACGCGUGAUACUAAUGAGUGGAUCGGCACUCAGUCCCUGGGCUAUAGCCAGAGAUACAGAUGUCUACUCCAAGACAUUAGCUCAAGCACUCAACUGUCCAAUUCAUGAGUCGACUGUCGACUGUCUGCGUAAGCGUAAAGUAGACGACAUAUUGAGGGUCGACCUAAAAACGCCAGACUAUUUGACAGCAUUCGGUCCAAUCAUCGACUCAAUUGUUGUGCCUUUAGAUCCGCGGCGACUGUUGUCGCCCGGAGUCAACCCGAAGCUCAAUAAGUCCUACUGGAGUGUCGGCCAACAGUACGACCUGAUGUUCGGCUCCAACCGACUCGACAGUCCCUGUAUUUUCUCGGCAAACGAGGAACGUCUCGGUAUUGACGGCACCCGAAGGGAUCGCAUCUUAAGAACACUCGUCCGAAAUUUGUUUGAUUUUCAUCAACAGUCAAUAUUUCUAACGUUGAUUAAUGAGUACACGGAUUGGUCGCGAGCCGUGGAACAGCCUAUCAAUAUACUCGAGUCGAUGGCCGACAUACUCAGCGAUUCAUUAGUGGUAUCGCCGCUCAUACAGACCGGUGAUUUACAUUCAGGACAUCAACGGCAAUCGUCGACAGAUACGGCACCGGUAGUUGCCAACAGUGAUGGUGGCGGUGGUGGUGGUGGUAGUAAAACAUACUUCUAUAUAUUCACGCAUCAGAGCGAGGAGUCGGUGACCAACAAACUGAAUGUCCGGCAGAGCUGUUCCCACAGUGAAGAGCUGUCUUAUAUAUUUGGUGCUCCCGUUUCGUAUCAUUUAUUGGCGAAAUCAAUGACACAUUUUGCUACUAAUUAUAGCAGAGCUGAAGUCACUCUUUCGGAAGCUUUAAUGACUUAUUGGAUUAAUUUUGCUAAAUUCGGUGAUCCCAACAUAUGGUCUGAACAGCAAACGUCGUCUGAAUCGACGAAAAUCGGCGAUCGAUUCAAUGCCGCCGACAGUGAGGGCAGCCGUGAGUCGGAAAACUCGCAAAUGGCUUAUCAAUCGGUUGUUUGGUCCACAUAUGACACCAUUCAGCGAAAGUAUCUCACUAUUGGGCUUAAGCCAAAAAUACGUGACCACUACCAGAGCCAUAGACUAUCGUUUUGGCUGAAUCUGAUACCACGUCUUCAUAAUCCCGGCGAAGAACAGGUCUAUCUUCGCCAUCAUUUGCUCAUCGAUCACGAAGACCUGUCCACUUACGACGGCAUUGUCCGGCAAAUUGCGUACAAAUUUUUGUCUCCGUUGCCAACAGUUUCCCAGAACAUUGUCAUCAGUGCCACCACCGAACUGAUCCAUCAUUUGUCCAGUACUGUCCUCUCAAGCAGCGAAGUACUUGAAUUGACCACAACAUCCAACAACAACAACAACGACAUCAACAAUCCGACGGCCUAUCAGUCGAAAAAUGUCAACAAUACGACCACUACGUCGGUGAUUGUCCAGUCGGAAAACUAUUCGACCGCACUGUCCGUAACCAUCGGUAUCGGCUGUUCGUUGCUUAUACUAAAUAUGUUGAUAUUUGCCGGCGUCUACUAUCAAUUGGACAAAAAUCGUAACAGUCCAUCUAAGGAGAACAUAUCACUUACUGAUAAAUUUGAGGCCAACACCAUAUCCCGUAUGACCAUACCGUCGCCCAUAAGCAAUAUGAUUGGCAACAGUACCGAAAGCGGCGACCAUAUGGACCAUAUUUACUAUCAAUACAAAAGCAAAUCGGCUGCCUAUCAACAGAUGGCCAACAAUCAUGUUGGCACUGGUGGUGGUGGCGGCGGCGGCCAAAACAGUUUGCGCCGGGCCCAAAAAGUCAACAUUCCUAUGGCACCGGUAGCUAAAGGGUCGUACCAGCAGCACCAGCAGCACCAGCAACAACAGGAUCAGGCAUCGCAAGUAGUGCCUUCACAUAUGAUGAACAACGAUGUCAAACUAAUACCAGUCUAUAUCGAGCAUAACUUAUCGGCCAAAGAGAUGGCUGUUUGA